AUGACUACUCGCAAAACAUUCGGAACUUCAUCGUUUGUGCUCCUGACGGUGACUUGGGUACUGCUCUCAAUCUUUACCUCCGAUUCGGUCGUGCUAGCCUCACCAAUCUCUCCAGAGACAUCGAGAUGGGCUCAAGUGGCAGAGGAACGCCCCUCUGAGUCAUCAGACCUCGUGAAACACGUCCACACCGACAUGGAAGCGCGCACGGCUAUCAAGCAUCAGCGAGAUGUAAAGACUUGGGGACCUCCGCCGCUACUUGUGCAAGACGAGGCUAAUGACAAGAAGGACGAUGACUGCAUAGAGAAUGUGAGAGAUCAGCGACACGAGCAUGAUGAGGACUGCUCAGACGACGAUGGUCACAGAGCUCAUCAAGCUGAAGAUGAGGACUGCCCGGAUGACGACUACCCCGAUGAGGACUACCCCGAUGAGGAAGAUGAUGUGUCACGGCAGGGCGAUCCCUCCAUGCAAGAGCACCGCCAGCAAGACCAGGACGUAGACUUCGACGGCCACUUACCUCGCCAGACAGUCAACAAUCUGAUGCAUCCCCUGCCGUCGUUGCUUGCUCCACCUCGGAUAGGUCUGCCUCUCAGAGGAAGCAGAAAGCUUUUCUCGGAGAUCGACACCAAUUCGACUGCGCCGCUCUCCAUUAAAGAGGAUCGGACAGUCAAGAUUGGGCUUCCCGUCGAUAUGAGUACAGAGGAUCGGCAUGCCGACAGCACGACCAACGUCGAUUGGCAUUCACGACACGCAGACAAGGCGCCGGUAUCUGCUUCUACUGGGACCUCAAACAGAUUGCCAGAGUGCACUGAAGGUGUCUUUCCACCAGGCAACGCAACGAGACGCUCUUUCGAGGUGCAAACUGAAGACCUCAGAGACCACAUGGCUCACCAGCCAUGCACUCCACCUAAGAAGAGCACGAUAAGUUACUCUCGAACGAGCAGCAGACGACCUUGCCGCAGAACAACGUCUACGCACGCCCCUUACCGAUCGUCACAUAAGUCACACCGGACAGCUACGGCGACUGCGACGCCCACUGGGUCAGCAGCGUCGCACCCCUCUUCCUGGACGCAGACCAUGCUCACUCUGGCUGAUGACACGGUCCUCAUGAAGACUGAAGUAUGGAUUCCCGAGGAGGAAGCGCCUCAGAGCUCUCUCCGGAGUCUCACGAAGCGUUCGAACUCUGACGAUUUUGGGCAGAAGGACGAUGAAGUUGCCGCUGCAGUCACCUCUGCCCUGAAGGCAUUUCUAGAGCAGGAGGAAGUGCGACAUUACCUUCUGCUGCCGCACUACAUUUUCAUCGUCAGUCCCGAUGAUGCCACUGGCAAAGUGAACAUCUCCACCGUCUACUUUCGGCCAGAGGAGCAGGUGACACACAGACAGCUCCAUCGUGCCUCUACGGCCGCCGCUAGUGGUGCACCAUGGCCACGUUGGCCCGGCCCGCGACACAGAGUGGAAACCACAGCCGACGUGACCUGGUAUGUCUUGCAUAUCAUUCCUGUACUUCUCCUCAUCUUCAUGCGCACUACCUACUCUGGACGACUGGAGCGCAUGCUCGUCCUCGCGACUUUACUCCUCUUCCUCUGCGACUGGCUCAUCUUAAUGGACCACAAUACCAAGCGCUUCUUCGAUGUAUCCAUCGAUGACCCCAAAGAAGGGCUCUGGUACCUCCUGUACUACUCCGAAUGGACCCUAGCACUGAUUUUUGCGCCCUAUCUCUAUCAUUGGAUGGACAAGUGCACAGGUGGGAGAUUGCACGCACUCCUCAGGAGGAGGAUCAUCCCUGCUGGUGUCUGGCUCAUGGCUCGAGGUACUCCGACACAAGCACUUCGGGCUCGGCGCCCAAUUCCGCACAGGAGGAACGCUAGUGACAGUCAUACGUUCUUUACUGAUCUCGAGCUGGUGAGGAGAGACGCCAGUGCAAGUACCAUCCCCUGCGAGACAGCAAUUCCGCUUGAUCCUAUGGGACCGGCAGAAGUCAUUGUGAGUGGUGAGGAGGAGCAGGGCACUCACGGUCGUGCCCGAAGGGCAGCGAGGACUGGCGCAUGA